AUGUUACAGUUGGGUAGUAAAAUUGGCAGAGCAGUGAAGGUUGAUGAAACAACUUUAAAACAAGAAAUUGGAUAUUAUGCAAGCGUGUUGGUAGAAGUUGAUUUAGAAAAGUUCAUACCCAGUAAAGUGAUUAUUGAAUCAAAGUAUGGAAAAAUUGAACAACCUAUUCAGAUUGCCAAACGACCAAAAUUUUGUUAUCAUUGCAAGAUUAUAGGUCAUUUAGUAGCUGAAUGCAGAGUAAAGAGAAGUGACUCGCAUACUAAAGAAACAUCUCAAGAGGUUCCAGUUGAGAUACCAAAGAAACAAUGGAGAUCUAAGUUGACUACUCCUGCAACUAAAGGUUUUAAUAUCUGCUUUCCUUCCAAAGAUACUGAUAAUGAACACAUAAUUGAUCAUAUUGAUGAAUCUUUAUUAAGUGAUAAUGAAACUAUUGAUGCCAUAAUUCCUCCAAUUUAG